AUUUGUCGCCGCUGGUCGCCCGCCAAAGGCGCCGAAACGAAACGCGUGCAGCUGCAUCUCCUCGAAAAAAAAAUAUUUAAAAUUCCUCUUCGAUUUUCUUUAUCUCUUCGAAAUAUAUCCCGAUGACGUAUUUAUUUCUCGAUUUAUUUCAAUUUUUUUUUAUACGAUACGUCGGUGAUUUGGGUAAUCCGGAUAGUAUUUGCACUAUUUAAAUAUAAGAUUCUGCAGAGACACGAGGAAUAAAGAUACCUUCUGUAUUUGUAGCUGAAUUAAUGUACACUCGCUGUACUUAUGAAUGAAUAAAGUAAAUAUUUGAAAUUUGAAAAAAGCAAGAUAGAAAGUUUUAGUGCAGUCCAAUGCAGGAACAGAAAACAAACCUAUAACUGAUAUUGUUAUUCAAACUAGCCCUUUUAUAUUACGCAUUGCAUAUUAAUUAAUUAGUUCAGUGACGUACUGAAUAUUGAAGGGUCGUAGAAUAUUACAAAGUGUCAUUUAAUAGAAGCCAUUCAUUAUUAAAAAAAAAAUUCUAAUUUUACACGAAGAUUGAUCGAAAGCAUUCGCAAUAACACACGCAAAAAACAGUACAAGUUUACGGUACACUAAUUCUAUUAACGUUACGUAAAUUACUGCUAAUUUAGUAACGAGUGAUUGCAAAAUUAUAUUUCACUAUGAAUUAUUCAGUAUUUUAAACACACGAAAGCAGAAUUCGAAUAGCAGACGCGGCAACGUCGCGUUGUUCCUAUUGGCUAGACUCGGCUCUGGUGGCGACCGCGUGCACUAUUCAUCGGCACAACUCGUCGGCACAUUGACGCAAUAAAUAGCGGACGCAACACGUGAACAUUCUCGUCGGCAGCGACAAAUGUCAUGUCGUGGGGCCUUCUGACAAUUUCACGUCGCAUUUCCGCCAGCUGAUGACGGACGAUCGCACGCCCACGUGAACAGUCCGCCUGUGAAAAAAUCGCAGCCCGACGUCCGGCAGGCUCUCCGGUAACCGACGACGACAACGACGACAACAUUGUGCUCCUGUCAGAAUGCGUGCCGCAUACACGUGCAUCUUGCUCUUCUACCUGUCGCUCGCGAUUUUCGGCGACGCCGAAAAAAACGAGAGCGCCUUCGUGGCGACACACGAGUGGCAAACGGUGAAGAAGGGAACUCCUAUUCCGAAAGGACUUCAUAUAAGGCAUAAUUUUGCAACUGGAGUAACAGAAGCUAAAUUGAUGGAGGAUGCAGAAGAGGAUGACGAAAAUGUAAAUCGAUCAAAUUCUAAGUCAUUGACGUUACAUCCAGAUAAAUCGGUCUUAGAAAAUGAAGAACCAGAUCCUGUGAAAAUAAAGAAAGUUUCAGAAUCUUUGAAAUUUCCUAUUGAUGAAUUGAAAGCAAGAUUGAAGAAGCUUAAGCAAAAUGAAGCAGAGGAUGUAUCAAAUAUGAAUGAUAGAGAAGACAGACCAAAAACUGAAAAGCGUUUCAAACGUUUUUAUGAAACUUUAAAAGAAGAACUUAAUGCUCUUAAAGUCAAUGUUACGAGCGAUUCCGAAUUAUUAAAGAGGUUUUUUCAAAAAUUUCAGUCUUACAAAAGUAGUAUCACUACAGGAACAUUAACUACUAUAGAAACUGAAGAAGUAUUGGACAUUUUAAAUAAUUUAGAAUAUCUUCUUCAUCAAAUUGACAAUGCCAAAAUAUUCUCAGACAUGGAUGGGCUAACAAAAAUUAUAUCACCAUGUCUUAAUGGAACGAACAAUGAAAUAAAAUCAGAAGCAUUACGUCUUUUAGGAGCAGCUGCUCAAUCAAAUCCAAAAGUGCAAGCUAAGGCAUUGGAAAAUGAUUUUAUCCAAAAAGUGUUGCAUGUCUUAUCCACAAAUAAUAAAAUUGAAGUAAAAUCAAGAUGUCUCUUUGCUCUAAGUGCCUUAAUACGUCAGUUUCCUGCAGCUCAGAAAGCUUGGAUUGAUCACGGUGGUUUGCAAUUACUCGGAAAAAUUCUGUACGACGAUCAAUUACAGAUACAAAUGAAAGCAAUGAAAUUAAUCAACGAUCUGACGAUCGAAAGACGAAACUUAGAAGAAAUCUAUGAUGUCGAGCAGCGUCAGCAGAAAAUGAGGGAAUAUGCUAUUACGGAUUUCGAGCUAAAAUUACUGAGGCACGAUUACUGUAAACUCCUAAGCAAUUUAAUGAUCAAAUGUUUCAAAGAAAAGCUAACUGGCCACUUUAGCAUAGAAAAUAAUGAUUUUCUCGAAGUAGUUUCGGACAGCAUGAUCACGGUAUCUCCUAUUUGUAAAACUGAAUUUAAAAACAUUAAGCUUUUGCUUUUACCUGUUAUAGAUAAUCUCUUGCACUUUUAUCAAAAUCCUAAUAUUAAACUUACCGUGGAUGAAACUGAUGUUUUAAAGAGUUUGAUAUUACUGAUUGAAAGAUUGAAAAUUACUAUUUUUGAAACACUUCAUGAUGAAUUAUGAAUAUUUUGAGUUAAGAUAAUUGAAAAUAUACGAAAGUGUAUCAAAAAGACUAUAAAUUAAAUCCCAGCCUUAUGUUAAUAUGCAAUCAUGUGCAAUAGCAUCAACUAUAAUAGCAUAGGGCUUAUAUAAAAGAGAUUCAUUUUAGUGAGACGAAUUCACAUAAUGAAAAAUUUUGUGAAAAGAAAAAAUUUAUCAUUGUUGUAACAAUCACUGCAAUAAAGUCCUGACAAAGAGAAAAUUAUUUUGUGGCUAGAUUAAUUAUAAUUUAUAAAUCUUAAAAAGAUUUAUCAAGUGUAAGAAAAUAUUUUGUUAUUCUAAGCGUAUAUUUACAUUAUACCUCUCUAUUGUAAAUAGCUCAUCAUACUUGCAGAAUCAGGAACGAAACGUGCAGGUUCUCGUCUCUUGCAUCCAAAGUAUGAAAUAGUCAUUAAAUAUCAAAUUUUUAUUUAGCAUUCAAACAAAAUGUUAGCUAUAUUUUUUGUUUAGCAGUUUUUUUUGUUGUAAAAAUUUCUAUUGGCCUAUCAAGUAUCUAAACACUUGAAUGUCUCAAAUUCAAGAGACGGGAACUUCUAAUUUUGAUUUAAUCAUAAGCUCAAUUAAUAUUUCAUAUAUCUCACAAUUUUGUGAAACAGUUAAAAAAAAGUUUGUUAAAAAAAUAAAACGACUGAAGUGUAUGUGUACAUAGUAGUUAAGACUUUAAUUAUUUGGCUAUUACGUAGCAAAUAUGAAUAACUUGUUGUGUUUUUCUCCUAUUUUAGAAUUAUUUAAUAAAUUAUUUUGUACUGACUGUACAUAACACAGCUUAUUGUUUGAAAGUUCCUGUAGUAUAUAUUUAAUAUAAAAGAAGUAAAAAUAUGAACAAUCGC